AUGUCCUCGGCGUCGGCUCUGCGGGCGCGGGGAGACGACAAGGAGUUGGCGCGGUGGCGCGAGUCCAUGGAUCGGAUGCGGAACAUCGGUAUCUCCGCGCACAUCGACUCCGGGAAGACGACGCUGACGGAGCGGGUCCUGUACUACACCGGCCGGAUCCACGAGAUCCACGAGGUGCGUGGCCGCGACGGCGUCGGCGCAAAGAUGGACUCCAUGGACCUCGAGCGCGAGAAGGGCAUCACCAUCCAGUCGGCAGCUACCUACUGUACCUGGAACGGAUACCAGAUUAAUAUCAUCGAUACCCCAGGUCACGUGGAUUUCACUGUUGAGGUUGAAAGGGCCCUCCGUGUUCUUGAUGGUGCUAUACUUGUGCUAUGUAGUGUUGGUGGUGUACAAAGUCAAUCGAUUACUGUUGAUCGACAAAUGAAAAGAUAUGAAAUUCCAAGGGUUGCAUUUAUUAACAAGUUGGACCGCAUGGGAGCUGAUCCAUGGAAAGUUCUCAACCAGGCUCGGGCCAAACUACGACACCAGAGUGCAGCUGUACAAGUGCCGAUAGGAUUGGAAGAGGAGUUUGAGGGCCUUGUUGAUCUUGUGGAGUUGAAGGCUUUGAAGUUCGAGGGUGGAAGUGGACAGGAGGUUGUUACAUCUGAUGUCCCAUCCAACAUGCAAGAUUUUGUAAUGGACAAGAGACGUGAACUUAUUGAAGUUGUUUCAGAAGUCGAUGACCAGCUUGCAGAAGCUUUUCUUAAUGAUGAGCCAAUAACAGCUAAUGAGCUUAAGGCUGCUAUCAGAAGGGCAACAGUAGCGCGCAAGUUCAUACCAGUUUACAUGGGAAGUGCAUUCAAAAAUAAGGGUGUUCAACCUCUUCUUAAUGGUGUGCUUGACUAUCUACCCUGCCCACUGGAAGUUGAGAACUUUGCUCUUGACCAAAACAAGUCAGAAGAGAAGGUCUCAUUAUCUGGAACUCCAGCUGGUCCACUUGUGGCAUUGGCCUUUAAGCUUGAGGAAGGCCGUUUUGGUCAGUUGACAUAUCUAAGAAUCUACGAAGGUGUGAUUCGGAAGGGUGACUUCAUACAGAAUGUGAAUACAGGAAAAAAGAUCAAAGUUCCACGAUUAGUAAGGAUGCACUCCAAUGAGAUGGAGGAUAUUCAAGAAGCACAUGCUGGCCAAAUUGUUGCUGUGUUUGGUGUUGAUUGCUCGUCAGGUGAUACAUUUACAGAUGGGUCGGUCAAAUAUACUAUGACUUCAAUGCAUGUCGCUGAACCUGUGAUGUCCUUGGCUGUUAACCCGAUAUCUAAAGAUUCUGGAGGACAAUUUUCAAAAGCACUGAAUCGAUUCCAGAGAGAAGAUCCUACUUUCCGUGUAGGUCUGGAUCCAGAGAGUGGACAGACAAUUAUUUCUGGUAUGGGUGAGUUGCAUUUGGAUAUCUAUGUUGAACGCAUCAGGAGAGAGUACAAGGUUGAUGCAAAGGUUGGGAAACCUCGUGUGAACUUCCGGGAAUCGAUCACCCAGCGUGCUGAAUUUGAUUACUUGCACAAAAAGCAAUCUGGUGGUCAAGAGUUGAUAACUCACACACAAACACUGUGUUAUCCAAGACCUGUCCUGCAGCACCUCCAGCAUGGUCUGCCUCCUCCUGGUCCACCUAAGAACAAGACUGUAGAGUUCAGGAGUGUUCUCGAUGGCCGCUUUGACCGUCUAGCCAUCAAUCUUCCCAAAAAACUCUCUUCUUCCUGUCGCCAACCCCUAACUUGGUCUAUGCAGCUCGCACCGCUCAUGUUUGGAGAAUUGAAUGUCAAGCUCUCACGAGCGGCGGAAAGGGUCUGUACCAUCCUUGAAACCCAACACACCCUCAGACUGAUCAUGGUCUUGGACAGCUCAUGGAUGCUGAGGCCUCCAGACUUCAUCGGGUACAUUGAGCCUCUUCCAUCAGAUGCUGAAGGUAAAUUUGAAUUUGACAACAUGAUUAUUGGACAAGCAAUUCCGUCCAACUUUAUACCAGCGAUUGAAAAGGGUUUCAAGGAGGCUUGCAAUUCGGGUUCAUUAAUAGGGCAUCCUGUCGAGAAUAUUAGGAUUACACUGACUGAUGGGGCUUCACAUCAAGUCGAUUCCAGUGAGCUUGCGUUUAAGCUAGCUGCUAUCUAUGCUUUUAGACAGUGUUAUACUGCUGCUAAACCUGUUAUAUUAGAGCCUGUGAUGAAGGUGGAACUAAAAUUUCCAACAGAGUUUCAGGGCACAGUAACUGGUGACAUAAACAAGAGAAAAGGUAUUAUUGUUGGAAAUGACCAGGAAGGCGAUGACACAGUUGUAGUAUGCCAUUUUGUAGCGGUUCCACUAAACAAUAUGUUUGGAUAUUCGACAGCGCUUCGCUCAAUGACACAGGGAAAAGGCGAGUUUACAAUGGAGUAUAUGGAGCAUAAUACUGUCUCACAGGAUGUACAGAUGCAGCUUGUGAAUGCACAUAAGGCCACUAAGAGCACAGACUGA